UAGCUGCCCCAUAGCGAUGUCGGACUCGGGGCAGAGCCCGGCCCCUGGGGGGCGGCGCCGUUGGACCCGGGACAAGGACCCAGAGGGCGGUGGGGACCGACGGGAGGCGGGGGAGGAGCCUGCGGGGCUGAUGCAGAAGACCCCCAUCAUCCUGGCCAAGCCCCCGGGGGAGAGGCCGCAGCCGAAGGCGGGGCCCGGCCCGGCCCCUCCCCCCCCGGCCCCGCCCAUUUUGCUGAUGAAGGCGCGGGGCGGGGGAGGGGAGGAGCGCGGUGGGGGCGGGGCCAACGCCGGCGGGGGGGAGGGGCCAGCGCAGGCCCCGCCCCGCGAGCGCGACCCCGGGCCCCGCCCCACGCAGCCCGUCUACCAAUUGCAUGGCAGGGGGCUGGCCCCGCCCGGCAACCUGGACCCCGUGGCCGGCCAAUCCCGGCUGGCGGCGCCCGAGAAGAUGAAGAGCAGCAUCAAACUGGUGGACGAGCAGAUGAACUGGUGCGACAGCGCCCUAGAGUUCCUGCUGGAGCAGACGGACGUGCUGGUGGUGGGGGCGCUGGGGCUGCAGGGCACCGGGAAGUCCACGCUGCUCUCGCUGCUGGCGGCCAAUCAGCCCGAUGAGGACCCACGGUCCUUCGUGUUCCGGCCCCAGGGCCCGGAGCUGCGGGAGCGGGGGGGGAGCCAGACCGGGGGCAUCGACUUCUUCAUCACCCAGGAGCGCGUGGUCUUCCUCGACACCCAGCCCCUGCUCAGCCCGGCCCUCCUCGAUCACCUCAUUAAUAACGACCGGAAGCUGCCCCCCGAGUACGGGCUGCCCCACACCUACGUCGAGAUGCAGUCUCUGCAGAUCGCCGCCUUCCUCUUCACCGUCUGCCACGUGGUGCUGCUCGUGCAGGAUUGGUUCACGGACCUCGGCCUCUACCGGUUCCUGCAGACGGCCGAGAUGGUGAAGCCUUCGACCCCUUCCCCUGGGCACGAGCCCAGCGCCGGUGCUGAGGAGCCCUCGGAAUACUACCCCCAUCUGGUGUUCGUGCAGACCCGGGCCGGUCCCGGCUCCUUCCGGCCCCGGCGCCUCCGGCAAAUGCAGCGGCUCCUGCAACGGGUGAUGGCGCACUCGCACCUGAAGUACCGCGGGUCCCUGUGCCCCCGGGAGGUGGUGCCGGGGCUCCCCGAGGGGCCCCCCGAGGCCGACGUGAACCUGUUCCUGCUGCCCCCCAUGGAGGGCGAUGAGGAGCCCCCCCCCCGCCCUGGUUCCUCCCCACUCUUUGGGGCUCUGCCCCCCUUCCGUGGCCACGGAUCCUUUGGGAUGCUCCUGGCUCGGCUCCGGGGCCGGGUCCUGGCGGCGGCGCGGGCGCAGCUCUCCCACAGCCUCCUCACGGAGAGGAACUGGGAA